UGUAACAUGAUAGUUUACAAUGCUGUGUCAAUUGCUCUUUCUGUAUUUAACUACAUUUUCUCCCCACUAAAGUGGCAAGCUGAAUUCGAACUUUAUUUUGAAAAUCCACAAACCGGAACGUGCCGAGUUGCUAUUGCUAGCUUAAAUCUGCACACCAACAAACGGUACAUUUAGCAUUUUCUUCGAGCUGAAAUAUAUAAGUUUACAGAUUUGUUACCUUUAUGUUUAUGCUGUGCAACAAAAGAAAAUGUUCCAGCAAAGAUUUUAGGCUCAAAAUAACGCACUUAAACUUCAGUUCUAGCUGAAAGUCGAUGGCGGUGUAACGAGCAUUUGUGUUUACCCGACACAAUAUGUGCUAAGAUGCCCUCCUUUGAGUUACUGAGUACGAUAGAACAGUUUGUGCGAUGGGGAACACAUCCUGCAGAUGCAUCGAAGAGUGCAAAGAAAUCAACCAGAGCUGCCAGCAAGAAGUUUCUUUAUAAAGAUGGCUUUCUGUUGCGCACGUAUCGAGGCCGCCUGCUCCGCGUCGUCAGGAGUGACGAGGAGGUUAGGGAGAUAUUGACCCGUUAUCAUGACAACAAUAGCCACGCUGGUCGGGCCCGGGCGGUUAAAGAGAUCAUGAUGAUGUACUACUGGGUCGGAGUGACGGAGUCAGUGAAGGACUGGGUCAGAGAUUGUGCUGUUUGUCAGAGCAAUAUUCCAGCCAAACCACCCGACCCGCCCGUCCAGUUCUGCCUGGCGUACGGCUGCGACUCCUCCAGCUACGUUUACCCGGAGCUCACAUUUCACAGGUUUCCAAAGGAGGUGGAACGGCGACGAAGAUGGCUAGCGGUGGCGCAGAGGGAUGAAGGUUCACUUCGUUCAAGGUCCAAUCUCUGCUCGAGACACUUUGAGUCAACCUGCUUCACCCUGAACGAGGAGGGUCAGAUGACUCUAUUACCGGACGCCAUACCCACCAUCAUCCCUGUGACGAUGCAGGACCAAGAGGGUCUCAUCACUUCAGACGAAGACUUCCUUCAUUCAAACAGCCUGGAAGAAAUCCUCUCUACAGCUGCUGCUGCUGCUGCUUCACAAGGCACAGAAACCUCUGACCUGGCCUUUGAUCAAUCUGAAACACACAUGCAGCUGCAGGAACAUCAGUACUCCCUCCCGCCUCCUGAUCAGGACCCCACAGCAAUCCAGCCUGUGAAGGUGUUCAAGAAAAGACAGCUCAUCAUCGAGUCGUGCUUUGCGACUUACAACCAGAUUGCCAGAUAUCUGAGCCACAGGGUCUUACCAAUGCAGAACAAGAUAACAAGAGGCUCUUUGAAAAGGAUGGCCAAGCGCUUUGGUCUAAUAGAUGGAGUUCUGAUGUUUACACGAGUCUCUCCUCCCCUCAGAGUGCCGCGCAGCAGAGAAGAGGUGAACUCGAUCCUGCAGCAGUUCCAUGACAACCAGGGUCACUACGGCCAGGGAAUCUGCCAGAAAGAGAUCGCAAAGCACUUCUACUGGGCCACCAUGACCCGGGACCUGGCCCGCUGGAUCUCCAGCUGCAACACCUGUGUCAACAGGACCAAGAGGAAGCUGUUCCGCUGCAGCGUCCAAAACUGCACCAACUGCUGCGGGCCGGUGGAGAGGGGCCUGGGCCUCACCUUCCAUAAGUUUCCUCUUCACAACAUCCCCCUGCUGCAUCAGUGGUUAAAGGCUGUCGGUCGGUCAAACUGGCAUCCUCGACUCUGGUCGUCUAUCUGUUCGGUCCAUUUCACGGAGGACUGCUUCGACCGCAGUGGGGAGAAGGUCACCAUCCGACCAGAUGCUGUGCCCACUCUCCUGGUUCACGGUGACUCAGGGACUUCAUCCAAUGGUACAGUACAGUCUGCAGCCGGGGACGAGCAUGCCUAUUUUGCCAAGUACGAUGCAGUGGAUCUCUACCUGCGCAGACGCACUUAUCCUCCUGGACUGAGCUACGUGGAGAAAAACACCUUCAGGAGGUUCUGCAAACAGUUUGCAAUCAAAGACGACGAGCUCCACAUGGUCAGAGGAGACCGGGUGCGUUUGGUUCUGAGGAGCAGACAGCAGGUUGAAAGUGCUCUGGCAGAUUAUCACGACGAGCUGAACCACCUGGACGUCAGCAAGUGUCUCAGACUGCUCAACGAAAGGUACUUCUGGAAAACCAUGAGGUCUGACGUGGUGAAAUGGAUCGACAACUGCUCUCAGUGCAGCAGAAAGAAGAGGCCGAAACCAGACAACCGAAAUAAAGCAGGAGGAUCAAAUCUGGCAGAGCUGAGGUCGUCACAGUUACACGAGGAUUUAGACAGUGGCAAGGAGGAUGAUGAUUUCAGUCAUGAUGGAGAGGAUGGGGUCGCAGAGGUUGAUGUAGUAGUUGGGAAUUCUUCCGAUGAAGAAAGGCAGCCUGUAGCAAUCUCAAAGAACAGAGUGGAGAUUCCUUUGUCCCAGCAGCCGGGUUCUCCCAUAAACCCUCAGCCCAGAAUACCCAUCCUCCUUCAUUUAAGAGCUCCUGUUAACCCUCAGCCCAAGUCUCCCAUCAUCCUCCAGCAUAAGAAUGCUAAUACUCGUUUUGUGACCAAAGUCUGGUCUCUUAAGACAGCGGGUCCUCCACAGUCUGAAGUCCAGACUAACAACAGCCCUGUGAUUCAGCUCGAAAAUCAAAGCAGCGUCCAGCUUCUUCCAGAGGGUAAGACACAACCGCAGGACCAGAACAAACCAAGAGGCUCUCAGGGCAGCGCCAGAACACAUUACGUCCAAGUUCAGGUCCUAUCUGAGUCAGAGUCACAAAACCCACCUGAGCCCACAGUGGAACCCAAUCUUCCUAAAGCCACAAGCAAGAAAACUCAAACUUCAGGUCAGAACAAGGGGCUGAAGACCCAGACCAAGUCUCAAAUAUCCACACAGACACUGAGCAGUGGGGUCGUGCAGCGGGGGAGGAAAAGAAAAACAGAGCUGGAUGGAGGCUCUGCAGUAAAGAAGAGCCCCAGCUGUGGUCUGGAUCCUGUGAAGGCCUUGAGCACCAAACCCUGGCCCGUCUUCACCAUAUCUGCUCCGGCACAGAUCGCAAAACCCCCUGAGGUUGCCAGACCUGCUCCCCCUCAGAGGCCGAGGAAACUCCAGGCCCGGACGGUCAUCCAGCAGUGCAGUCAGGCGAGGGUUAAGCUCAAACCAGCCCUGGACGGGGCAGACCCUCAGUGGACAGAGAUCGAGGAGGGGAUGGUCGUGUAUGUGAGCUUCUUUCACGAAGCCUCUGAAGACAUCAUUCAGGAGAUGGCCAGCAGUCUCAUGACCACCAAACUUUUCCGGAAAGACACCCGUCACUUGGUUUCCAUUCUCGACCUUCCAGGCAGCGUUUUAUUCAUCCCUCAGGACUCCCUGGUCGGCGAGCCCGUGCCAAAGAGACGGAUGCAGUACAAGGCGGGUUGUGAACUGUGGUGGGGCUCCCAGCUCUUCUCAAACCUGGUGUGUGCCUGCAGGGAGCGCAUGUCGGGCUCAGUGAGGAGCACACAGGCGGGCGUGAGGGUGGAGCAGGGAAUCUACGGACAGAAACAAGAGAUCGUCCUGAACUCUAUGGAGCCCACGACAGUCCUGCUGGAGUUCUGAGGUCUUGCAGACAUUUGUGUAGCGUUUUGAAAUGUUCAAAGUCUUUUAUUUGUUGAAUGAGACUCCUGCAACUCCCUGUUACAUGUAGAUGUGAUCUGCAGAUACACAUUUUACUCAAAACAUACAUGUAGCCCACUUUGAGCAAAAACAUCCAGGGAAAAAACUCCAUGAAGUAGUACAGUCGUGUCAAGGUACAGAUUGAAAAUAUGGGAGGAAGUUGGGGUCAAACUUGGUCUUAUGAUAAAUUGCUUUAAAAAGAACUCAUUAAAUGUGUCUGUAAUAAUCACAUUAACACAUUAACAUUGACAGCCCUUAAUGAAACGCAACAACAGAGGUUCGUUUCUCAUCUACACCUGCUUUUACAAAAGAACUGCUCCAGUAUAACAGCAUGCAUGUUUCCACGUGUCUCUAAUUUCUGUUCAAAAAUACUCAAGUAGUUGAGGAUGUUAUCUUUUGUUCAUAGUGUUCAUACUGUAUAGUUUAGAGGAAAAAAAGUUCAAUAUGAAUAAAAGAAUUCUUGUAAAAA